AUGUUCCAACCAGUGACAACCAGUGAAAACCCUAGCAAUCAAGGAAGCCAGGGUGUGGCACCGAACAUAAUGGGGGAGUUGUGGUUUCAGGGACCAGAGUGGCUAAGUGCUCAAGACAGAUGGCCAAAUCAACCUGAAGUGUCUGAAAGCCCAGAGAAUGAAAAGGAAAGGGUGAAACCCAAGCAUGAGAAACAGCUCCUAGUGAAAGAGACAGAAGAAGCGAAUGAGACCAGAGACACUCUUCUGGGCAAGUACGCGUCAUACUGGAAGCUUCUAAGAGUCACUGUUUUCGUCAAGCGAUUCAUGAACAAUUGCAGAAAGUUGAAGAAGCAGAAAGGGCCGCUAAUGACUGAAGAACUCCAGGCAGCAGAGAAGUUCUGGAUCAUUCAGGCACAAGUCACACAAGCAUCAAAGUCAGACGUGGGGUCAAGAAAGGAUGAGGAGGAAGGAGUAUUGAGAUGUGUUGGCAGAGUUCCCCAUCAUCAUCCUCUCUUUCUACCAAGAAAUAGCAAGCUGGCCACCUCAAUCAUUCAACAAGUCCAUGAGCAGAUGCUACAUGGUGGAGUUUCGACAACCAUGUGCCCUAUGAGAGAGAAGUAUUGGAUACCAAAACUGAGGUUGCUUACAAAGAAAGUGAUCCGCAAUUGCAUAGCUCAGAUUCUAUUCUGCCAGUUCUCAGAACUGAACUGUCAAACCCUUUUGCUGUUACAGGAGUGGGUUUUGCUGGGCCUGUCUACUACAAGAUUAAGAAUAUCUACUACUUCAAAGGCAUACAUUUCACUAUUCACCUGUACCAGUACUCAUGCAGUACAUCUCAAGUUAUGUCGUUACCUGUCUGCCCAGGAAUUCCAGAGAGCACUACAGGAAUUUGUUGCCAGGGGAGUCUGCCCUCAGAACAUUGUGAGUGACAAUGGAAAGACAUUUGUUGCUACUGGAAAACGGCUAUCAAAGCUGAAGAAGGACCAGCAUCUGGCAAACUAUAUGGGAGUUUUGGAGAUUUAA